UCCCAUGACCCCUCUGGACCCCUUGUCAGACGUGACGUCGUGAUGUCUGCAGCUCCUCCGUGUUGGCUUUGUGCGAAGCGACGCGGAGAUGUUUGGGCGGACAAGUUAGCCCAGAAACAUAUAAACAAGUGCAUUUGAGAAGCCAAGAGGCAGGGAGCCAUGCAGAGUCCGACCCAGUCAAACAGUGGGCCAAACCCGGUGACCACAGCAACCACAGAGCAACCACUGGACAUGGAGACUGAAGCUCAGCCAGCACAAAGUGAACCAGAUGCACAAGAGGAGGAGAAUAAAUCAUCUGCUACUGCUGAGACUGAAACACCAAUCACACCACAGGAAAAUGGGACAGGGGUGCAAACAGCAGAAACACCUGCUAGUAUGGCAGUCACACAAGCAGUGGAGAAUGAGCCUGCUGUUAAGCCACUGACUGAGCCCUCAGUUAACACUGGAGGGAUGGAGGUGGACUCUGCUUCAAAGCCAAGUGCCCCCACAGUACCGGUACCUGCUACAAAUACGAAUCCUGGGUGUGAUGGGGAAAAGGCAAAGAAACAGGAUAAAGGUGUACGUGAUGGUAGGAAAUAUGUUCCUUCCAAGAAGGCGAUGGUAGAUCCUCUGAAGAUGGACAUGUCAAAACCUCUGGUUAUGCCUCUCACAUCAUCUCAGCUCUCCCUGCAAUGCAUCGAGUGCCACAUAAUCUUCAGUGAUCACAAGAGCAAAGAGCGUCAUCUGAAGCUGAGCCACCCAGCAGAAUAUGAACAAUGCAUACUGAGGAAUGCCCUUUUCGCAUGUUACGUUUGUGACCGCCACUUCACAAACUCCACAGAGCUCAUGGUCCACCAGAAAGCCCACAUAGAGAAGAAACCCUUCAAGUGUCCAAUCUGUGGCCAGGCCUUCAACAAGUCAUCAGAGCUCACCCUUCAUAAAAAAAUUCAUUUUGGCCUGGACGGUUAUGCCUGCACUGACUGUGGCAAACCUUGCAAAACCAUGACAUUGCUGAAGUAUCACCGCCGCACACACACUGGUGAGAGGCCAUAUGUUUGCAAGGAGUGUGGAAAGAGGUUCACCAUGUCCAAAGCUCUGCAGAAACAUAUGGUGUCACACUUGCCAGAGGAAGCUGAAGGAGAUGGGGGAGACACCACAGCUAAAGCACAAGUGAAGAAAGAUGAUGGUGCUUCUACAAAGUAUCCUUGUUCUGUAUGCAAGGCCACUUUCAAGAGUACCAAGACACGGCUACAUCACAUGAAAACUAAGCACAAUGUGUUGCCUGCUGCAGCCAAUAAUGCCCUCCCAGCUGGGCAGCAAGUAAAACAAAGUACACCUAUCAUAACUCCAAUAUCUAUUUGCCAACCAGCACUACUACAGGUGGAGCCCAAUGGCCCUCUGCAAAAAGUAGAUGCCAAUAUUGACACAGAGCAGAUUCACAGACUUAUUGAAUCUUUGGGAAAUGUGCAGAAAGUGAACCAAGUUGUCAUAUUGGGGCAGGUGCCACCUCAUGCCCCGCCACUGGAAGUGCAGCAGAUAUCACAAAUGGCAGAAUCAGUGAAUUUGAAUCUCAAUCCACCGCAAAUAGAUUUUAUGGGACUGAAACAGACAGAAUCUAAGACAGUUGAAUUGGACCCUUCAAACAACCUAUGUGAUUCAAUGGAGCAAACAAUUAUAUUGGAACCUAUUACACCAGAUGGACAGUUGGAAAGCCCUUCUUUCUCAGAACUAGGUUCUCACAUAGCAGCAGGUGAAAAUAUAGAGCUAACACUUGUUCAGACUCAAGAAACAGAGAGACCUGAGGGAGAGGUGGUGCAUCACAUCUUUCAACAGCCAGAUAUUAGUGCAAUUCAGUCUGAUUCUAUGGAUCAAAUGGCUUGUCAGAAUGAGGUAGUUGUCCUCAAACAAAACCUUGAGCAAACAGUCAUAUUAGAACUUACCCCAGCCUUGAUACCAACUGUGGAGCUGGAACAAUCCCAAAAUGUGCCACAAAAUGAAAUCCCGUCCUCUCUGGUAUCAACCACUGAACUUGAGAAGACUCCAGAUCAGACUGUAAUAGAUGAGCAGGAGACCAGUCUGUCAGUCCAAACACUUAUGCAUACUGUUGAGUUAGAGCUGACACCUUUACAAAGAGAGCAACAGGACCUUCCUUCUUGCCCGUUUGUUCCACCAGACACACUUACACAAACUCCAAGAGAAUCUGAAACUAAUCCCAAAGAAGGGGUUAAUUCACAGAUGCAAACAGUAAGUCUAGAUGGGGUCCACCUUGUGAUGGAUGGAGACACACCACAAGAGACACAGGAAAAGGCUGAACAAGAACCAUCUGAACAAGAAUCAUCUGAGAAAUUGCUGGUAGAUAACAAGGAGGGUCAGGAGCAGGUGGAGAACCUGUCUGAAUUAGAGGACCCAUCCACUAAAGAAGAGGUUCCAUCACAAUUAGAGACCAAGCAGGUGCCACAGAUCUCAGAGUUACCAGUAAAUGUAAUGUCAGCUCAAGAACUGGUGAAAGUGCGGAAAAGAAAGCCAGCCAGGGCGUUUAUCUUUCAAGGAUAUAUGCAAGAACUGGUCGGAUCCAUACACAAGGAUGAUUUACAAAUUGAUGCCCGACCUGCCAAGCGGCAAAGAACAAAAAAGUCUCACCUUGUUGUUAAAUUUGGUCCACAAAGCAAAGAGAAGAAAAACAAAAAACAGAAGAAACAGAAUCAGCCAAUGCAGGAAGAUGUGAUAAGAGGUAAAACACCAACGACAAAUCUCUCAGAAAAAAAAGUACCGUCACAGAAGAAGGGAAGGAAGGGAAAAAAGGACAAGAAAGUGGGACAUUUGGUAUCUACAGCUGAAAUAAAAUCACCGUCAUCAACCCAGGACCCACAGGUGCAACAAAUCAAAGAGGAUACCAGAAAAAAUAAAAUUAAAAAGCAAAAAGAAGUGGCUAGGGGUGGUGUUACUCAUAUAAGUGAGCACAAAACUGUAGCUUCCCCUGUAUUCAAAAAGAAAAAACAAACAAAAAUAAUGCGAAAAGAUAAGCCCAAGAAUGCAAAGGAUGGGAAGCGAAAGAAAAACCUGGCAAGAGAGGAAAAAGUUAAUACAAAAAUAAACGCAGCUUCAGCAGACAUGCCUGGCCCACACAUAACACAAGAUGCUCUACUUCUACUGAAAGGUCAUAAACAGCCUCAGCUGAAAGUUUACAAGUUAGACCCUUCAAAGGCAUCUGGCCAGACACAGGAGGCUCCACCUCAUGAGUCCCAAACAAUGUCCCAACAGAGUAAAGACAACAAACUCAAACAUCCAGCAAGUGAGUCUAAAAAUAAUCUCACAGCAGAAGGUAAGAAAAAAGGAGGAAGACCCAAAAAGAACCAGAAAGCUCUUUCAUUGUUGUCCUCGCUACAGGUUUCCCAUCAAUCACCUGAGACACUGCCCACCAAGCAAAAGGCCACCAGAAAACGUAAAGCCUCCACGAAAGUGGAGACUGAAGGAGUAAUAACUUCUUCUCAUUCCAAGCGUGCCUUAGAAUGUAAGGACUGUGGAGCGAGAUUUAGUGAAGUCUCGUCUCUUCAGAAGCACAAGGCGACGGUGCAUAUCGUAGAGAGUCCUGGUCUCACUUACACCAAUGGGAACAUCUUUGAAGGUGUCUCCAGGUUGGAUCUUUACCAGCUUCCAAAACAGCAUGAUAAGGUUGUUGGGGUGAUGAAUGCUACUUCAGACUGGGAUACUGAGCCUGAAAUGGGAGAUAUGGGAUUAGAAGACAGAGAGCGAAGUGUCUCUUUUCCAGCUUUGAUUCCAUCCCCAUCUUUACCUGUUCCUCCUUCAGAUGUUGAAAUGAGUGCCUUUGAAUAUAAGGGUGGAAGUAAAACAGGUCAAAUAAAAAACAGUGAGACCCCUCCAAAUUUCACAUCUGAAUCCCCUUUAAGUACCUCUACUCAGACAAAGAGUUCAGAGACAGGAGAACUUUUGGCAUCAGAUGAGGACAAGCGAGAAGAAGGUACUCAUCCCAUCUCAGAAUCUGAAGUCCAGGGUACCACAGAUGAAGACAUUAAGGAGGAUUUACUUCUUGAGGUAGAUUUAAUCACUGUUGGGGAGCAGAAUGAGAGAGAUGAUCCAUCUUCUCAUGAAGACACUGUUCCCCAAAAUGAAUCAAAUGGAACCUGCAGUUCUGAGGGUGCAAGCACUGGCAAAUUUCCUGGGCAAGUUAGUAAUGAAACAACUGAAAAAAGUCUAACUUCGCAGACUGUGUCAUGCUUCACUCAUCAAGUGGAGAUCAAAGAAGAGGAGGAAGAAAUGUUAGUCCAGAAGAAAAAAGAAGGAGGGAAAGGACUUGUUGUGAGGAAUGCUACAAGGGGUAGGAGAAGAGGAACAGGAUGUCUGAAAAGGGACCUGAUAUCAAAGAGAGUUUCAAUUGAAGAUACUGUUAGAGGAACAGAAUCAGAGAAAGAACAGGAUGAAUGUCAGGUAGUUUAUGAAAAACAUCCCAUCACCUCUGAUUCAGAAAUGAAGGAUGAAGGUGAGACCGGCACAAAGACUUCAAAGCCAGAGACCAUUCCUGAUUUUGAGGCCAACAAAGCUACUGCUCCUGCCACAUCUUUGCCUUCCAUGCCUGCUACAUUAGAGGAAUCUCCUGAAGAGCAAGUCGUGUUUGAGCUGGAGUCGGUUACCACUAGUGUUGAGGAGGUAAUGAAUGAAAGAGAACUGCAGGGAGGAGAGGAACAUGACAGGGACCAGUCUUCAGGCAUCAUACUUGAGAAGUUCCUCACUUCUAGACAGAGGGCGACUGCUGACAAGGAGCUGUGCCUGAUGACAGCAAGGAACAAUCAAAGACAGGAUUUGGACAGCAUUGCUGAGAAUAAAGUACAAGUUCUUGGGAGCCAGGAGAUCAAGGUUGAGGAGAAUAUCUCAGAUCCACCACUGUUUGCACCCACCUGUCAAAAUAGACAGAGUGCAAGUGUGCAGCCACAUCACCAUCGUGAUAUAAGGACUGUUUUGGUGAAGGAGGAGAGUAGCCUCGUGCUGAAUGAGGUUCAGGCCAUGCAAGGCAGCAGACACAUCCGAUGGAAUGUGGAGCCAGUCAGCAUUGAAAACACCUCCAGUCCAUUAAUGGAGAGUGGGGAGACAACAAGGGACUGUUGUGUCACCCCUGAGUUCAACACCAACCAGUGUAUCUUCUACCCAGUGAAGGAGGAGGAGAGAGAGGUUCUACUGGGAGCUGCUCAGACCAACAGUGGGAAUUUAACCACAGGGGUAUCCAUUGAUGCCCAGCAGACAGAACAUCAAGCAGCAGAUAGUAAUUUAAAUUCUGCACCAGACUACCAGGAAAUGAGAGUGAGAGGACUAUUGUCAGAACCAGGGGUCAGUGACUUUGCAGAUGGACAAGCUGAGGCAGAUGCUGAGUGGCAGCAUCCACCAGACCUCCGGGACUUUCUCCUCCAAAGUUCUGAUGAAGAGGACGUGGGUGGUUUUGAAUUGUCUGAUCCUCAGCUAGACUCAGAAGCAGAAGUAAUGGCCUAUUUCUACAAGAACCAAACAAACAGCGCACAACAGCCAGAUGAAAUGCCACAAAAUUUGCCAACUUCAGUGAGCCAGCUCCAAACACCAAGAGAGGAAAACAGGACCAGAGAGCCCAUUGAUUACUUUUCCAAGUAUUUUGGCUGGGAUACCUGGGUAGAAAUUGCCAAUUGCACAAUUAAACUGUCCAACAUGCCCAACCCUGUCACAGCCAGAGAGGUUGCACAGUUUGUUGGGAUCCACAUUGCAAUGGGAACUUUAAAGUUUCCCAGUCCGAGGCUCUACUGGGAGGACCUAACUAAGGUGCCCUUGAUUGCUGAAGCCAUGCCACUUUCCCGUUUCCUUGAGCUGUCUCGCAUGUUGAAGCUUGCUUCUCCUGCGAAGGAUCCAGUCAACAGUAAUGUUCGGGAAGGAAGACAUGAUAGUGACUUUCAAAAUGUAAAGCAAGGUAAAACUCUCUUAAGCAGGCAUAGUGAAAUUUUUCAGUGUAGUGACGGGCAGAAGCAAGGGGACACGCCAAAUGACCUGAACAGUUCAAAAACACAGACUGACCCCCUGUGGAAGGCUCAGCCAUUAUUGUGCCGUUUCAAAGCAGGGUGCCAGUCACUGAGACGAGAUGGAGAUUAUGCAGUUGACCAAUAUCCACUUCUUUUGACUGGGAAGAUGCACCAUAAGAAACUGUCUCUCCACUGUACUACGUUAAUUGGAUUUGGCGGUUUGCUCUUACAUGUGGAUCUUAAAUUGGGUCUGUCCGGCAAAGAAGAUGCUGUAGAAAAAAUGGUCCCCAAAGGUAGUAUGGUGUUUCUUUGUAAACAGGAACUCUCCACCCCUGCUAUGCUAGAGCGUCUGUUAGUUGCUGGGGUUCAUGGUGCAGGCAGGGUGGGAGGAGCCCGAGGACAGAUCGGAGAUGAGUUUGUAAGCUCAGAUGGGAAGCUGAUGUUACGCAGAUCACACUGUGGCUUCAUACUUUCUACUGCGGGAAAUGGCCAGAGGAACAUGGCUUCACUCAUUGACAACUUCGAGAAGGCCCAGAUGUCGGCUCAUCUCAACAGAGAUCUGCUAAAUCUUUACUCUAUCCCUCUCACUGCCUCGGCCCCAACCUGCUGGCCUCAAGCGGUGCUCUGGUACCUAACAGAUCUGGCUUUGGUCAACUCUUGGCUCCUAUACAGACAGGAUCACAGGGCAGCGUCUGCACCUUUGACUCUCAUGGCCUUCAGAUUGGAUGUGUCCAAGGCUUUGAUCCUCUCCAGCGGCUCUGAUACCCAGGACUCAGGUCCCCCUCAACCCCCCAUAGAGAAGGCUCAUGCAUCAAAUGAAACCCCCAAUCCCAGCCUGGUGGAGGAAAGUCCUCUGCCAGAUGCAGCCAUACGGUACGAUGGUUCAGGCCACUGGCCUGAGCAGCUUGGGGAGGGAGAAGGGGGCAGGUGCCGUUUUGGGGACUGUCAGAGAACAUCUCGAGUGCUAUGCCUUAAGUGCUGUGUUUUUCUUUGUAUAUCACGCAACCACAACUGCUUUUUGAAUUUCCAUAAUCAAGGGAGUUUGGGAAAAGAGUAAUGUCCACUACAGACGUUACCCUUUAUUUUUCAACAUUUUGCUUUCUGGUUUAGAAUGUAACUGUGCUUUUGGUGUAUGUAAACCAGCUAAUCAAAAAAUGGUAUAAUCUCCUCAACUUUCCCAUGAUGCCUAUCACUGGCAGUGUUAUUCUUUUGUAGGAUUAUUGUGCUGCAGUUUAAAAAACAAAUGCUUUGUGAUGUGGCUUAUUAUGUCAUUGAGCAAGUGUAAAAAUAAAUUUGCCUUCAGAAGGAAAUGUGAAAAAACACUCAUAGCCAUACACUUUGUGCUGCAAAAUAAGUGUAAAAUAUGAUUUUAACAUUGCAGUUAGCAUGAUGUUUUUUACUAUUUAUUUACCAGAACUCAUUUACAUUUUAUGAUGAGCUUGUUUUUGGCUCUAUGAAUUUAAACAUUAUUUAUUUGAAUUUCAGAACACAAUAAAAAACAGAUGAAAAAAUA